UCUACCAAUGAUGUGGCCAAACUUGUGUGGUUAAAACAAAAUAGACUGGUCGCAUUUGCAGAGAGUUUCGACUUUCGAGAGAGAGAGAGCCAAAGCUACAAAAAUCUCAUAACUUGUACUUGUUUCCCUCUUCCUUGUAAAUAAUUUGGUAACGAAGACAAAGAAAGGUACUGUGCACCAGUCCAUAACCUUCCAAAAAACUUGUGGAAAGUGACUCACGACUCUCUCACCUCUUUGAUCAAACACCCUUCAUCGGAUUUGCAUACCUUUUCUUUAAGGUUCCUCCUUUCUUCCUCUUCAUUGGAAACUACAAAAAGUCAAAAGGUUGCCGGCCUCUUGUGUUUUGGUUGCAGCAUCAUUGUUCUUGUUCGUGGGAGUUGUUCAUGACUAAUCUAUGAGAUAACAGAGAUCGACUACAAUGUCAGUUGCACCAGUUGAGAACAUGGCAUCUUUGAACACAGACCUUUUCUAUGAUAUAUUGAGACGUCUCGAUGGACCAACUUUAGCUACUGCAGCAUGUACAUGUGCAGCAUUCUGUUCCAUCUCAAAAGAAGAGAGGUUAUGGGAAGAUGUAUGCUCUUCUAUGUGGCCUUCGACUAAUAGGGAAGAUGUCAAGAGUUUAAUAUCGUCCAUUGGUGGGUUCAGAAAGUUCUAUGCUGAUUGUUUUCCCCUUAUUGUAAACAAGGAAGUUACUGACUACCAAUGGAAUGACUACCUUGAGUACCCGGAAGAAUGGACCGAAGCUGAAUAUUACGGUGACAUGGAUGAGUUCGAAAGUAUAUCACCAUCAGAUUUUGUUUCAAUUGUGGACAUCCGGUACAAGGAUAAACUAAUUUGCUCAAAAGUUCUUUGGGGGAUUCCAAAUGCAAACGGCUUCAAUGGUUGGUUUUACAACUGCCCAUUUCGAAUUGAUCUUCUUACUUAUGCAGCUAGAGAUGAUGAUGACGGGGAAGCUUUCCUUUCUGUUGCUAACGGCCUGCCACCAAUCACAUCUAUGGAGACAGAAAGGAAAGAUGGGAAGUUAUGGCGGGGGCUCCGUGAUGGCCUCCGGCUUAGUUGGAUAGUCGUAAAUAGAAAAAUGAAGCAAGCUGCUAAUCUUGCUAGCUGGUGCCCUAUUGGUGGUCAAAGGCAUUGGCCAACAGACAAGGACUUUGUGAUUCGCUUCGGAUCCAUUCUUCCUGCUAGAGACAUCCUUCCUUGUCAAGUAGUGGAAUGCAUCCUCAGCAUGAAGUUCCGAGUGAUUUGUACUGAAGGAGAAGGUGCUGAGACAACCCUCAAGUUAACAGAAUUGAGCAUGCAGUUAGAAGACAUGGAAGGUUCUCAUGUCAAUGGAAGAAACAGUUUGCUAAUUCUCAAGGAAGCGCUGAGCUGCCGCCGUAGCAAAAACUACAGUGAAGUUCUUGAGUCGUGCAAUUUGUACUCGAAAGUGCAGAACGAGCUCAAAGAGGAGAAGAUGAGAAGCGAAAGCAGGUUAGAUAGACUUUGUAUCUUGAGUGGCAUUGCUGCAUUUAUAUCCUUCUGUUACUAUGUAUUGUGAAGACAUUACUGGUUUUUGUUCGCAACACUUAACUGAAACAGCUCUGACAAACAUUCCGCGUUUGUACUCUUCUGAUGUAAAAUUCAAAUCUUGCUUCACUUAAUCAAAAGGUUUUGCCUGCGUUUAUUCUGAAA